CGUGACAUCGCGGAGAGCUGCUGACACAUGCAGAUCAAGUUCUUAUGCAAAUGGGUCCCAGGUGGCGAAGAGCCUCUCCGAUCGUCGUCCGAUGACCUCACCAGUACCCGAGCGGCAGAGCUCUAUUACUUGUGCAACCUCUGAUGCGUCGGACCUCUGUCAGCGAUAUACUGGGAUUAGCAGCAGAAGCUCACAUAAUCCGUUGCAGAACAAGAACGAAUACUCUCAAGAUGGGCUUACCACAACGACCAGACGAAUCCAUCUCCUCCGAGACCCCAUCAACCACCACAAAAGCCUCCUCCCUCCCUCCCGAAGCCCUCGCCCUAGCAACCCAACUCUUCGACCACGCUCGUACAGGCCAGACCGCGAUUCUCUCGCAGUACAUCACGCACGGCAUACCCGUAAACCUGACCAAUGACAAAGGCGACAGCCUUCUCAUGCUAGCAGCCUACCAUGGACACCUCGAGACUGUCCAGAUGCUCGUUGAAAAAGGCGCAAAUAUUGAUGCUCUGAACGAUCGAGGGCAGAGUAUUGUGGCAGGAGCUGUGUUCAAAGGUUACGAUGAUGUCGUGAAGUAUCUGGCCGAGCAAGAUGCGGAUCUGGCCAACGGACAACCCUGCGCGAUUGACACGGCACGUAUGUUCAAGAAAGAGGAGCUGCUAAGGUUCUUUGGGUUCGAAGAAUGAUGAGAUUGAAGGAUUUGAGGGAUAGAGGAAGAGGAAUAUGAUCAUAACGCGCCCUCUCAAGCCAUGCAAGGGAUCAGCCAGAGGAUUAAGCUUGACAUAAUGCUGCAGCAGAACAAGUACUGCCUGAACCAUCUUUUCAGCUCUCGUGGAGACUGCUGGCGAUAUAAUUGCAAAGAGGGCUAAUGAAAGAGGAGGGCGCAGUGGGCAAAAGCAACACUUAUUGAAAGGGAAUGAAA